GGCAACCAAUAAUGGUGGAAGCGUCGUCACAAGAUUCGGCAGCCAUAUUGUGAAUCAAUCCUUCAUUCAUAUUUCGUCGCGCGAUGCGUAACUGGCUUAGUCGUCGAAAUUUUUGUUACUUUUUGUGUUUAGAUAAAUGAUUAAAAACUGUGAUUAUUGACUAUAUUUUGUGCAGAGUGCAGUUUACAGUGAACUGUGAGACAAGUCGCUAAUUUCGUUGUGAUAGUGGUUCGUCGAAUUGAGCUUUCAUGAUUGGAUUACCGCGUAGCGAUAGAGAUAGAGAUCGAAUAACGGUGAAAAUUCGUAACAUGAAGAGGAGUUCAUCAAGGGAUAGUAUGCCGCGAUCGAAGAGAACACGCAGUAGUAUAGGCAGGUAUGACGACAGCUCCGAUGAGCGCGUCACUCCUGAACGGGUACGCCGUCGGGUCCGCUCGCCGAGCCCCCGGGGGCGUUACGUGUCGCCUCAUCGCGAUGACUAUGUAAGAUCCCGUGACGUCAGAGAGGACUCUGUUCGUCCUUAUUACAAAGUUUUAUGUGUCAGUGCACUACACCCAAAAGCUUCGGAUGAAAUCGUUAAAGAUACUCUUUACAGAGAAUAUAAGAAAUUUGGAGACUUUAGCAUCAAAAUUUCCCACGAGCUAGAUGAGAGAGUUGCCUACGUGUGUUUUCGCAGUGCGGAAGAUGCUAGAGAUGCUAAACAUGCCAAGCCAAGGAUUAUUUUAUAUGAUAAAGUGGCUAUUGUUGACCCUGUCUAUGAACCGGUUCGCGCUGAAUAUAGAAGCCGACCAAGAAGCAUAACCCCUCCUGAUUAUGAGCGACCUUAUUCCUAUGCUUGGUCCCCAGUGCCUGAGAGACGUAGACCACCUCCAGAUGACAGGGCUUAUGGUAUACCUCCAACUGUCCCUCCCCAUCACAGAGAUUUUCGACCUCCUAUGCAUGAGUAUCCUAUGGCUGGGCCUCAUGGUCCCCCAAUGCACCACAGGCCACCUAUGCACCAUCCACCACACCCUCAUUACAUGCCUCGCCCGUAUAUGCCCCGCCCCCACCACCCACCCUUUGAGAAAAUUGAGAAUAAAAAAGACAAAUUUCCUAAUUACUUGCACCAUGUCCAGCCAGAAGAUGAUCCAUUGGCAACUAGAACACUCUUUGCUGGUAACUUGGAGAUAAACAUUUCAGAUGAAGAACUAAGACGCAUAUUUGGACGCUAUGGUAUAGUAGAGGAUAUUGAUAUAAAACGUCCUCCACCGGGUACUGGCAAUGCUUUUGCAUUUGUUCGCUACCAGACUUUAGACAUGGCCCACAGGGCUAAGGUAGAACUUUCUGGCCAGUAUAUUGGCAAAUUCCAAUGUAAAAUAGGAUAUGGCAAGGCAACUCCCACAACACGUGUGUGGGUGGGUGGACUAGGUCCCUGGACAUCUGUUGCUCAAUUGGAAAGAGAAUUUGAUAGAUUUGGAGCUAUCAAAAAAAUUGAAUAUGCUAAAGGGGAACCUCAUGCCUAUAUUUUGUAUGAUUCAAUAGAUGCAGCUCAGGCUGCAGUGAAAGAGAUGAGAGGUUUUCCACUUGGUGGUCCCGAAAGGCGUUUGCGAAUCGAUUUCGCUGAUGUUGGCACUGGGGGCCCAUAUAGACCAAAACCUUAUGCACCUCCUGUUGGUGAGGAUGGUAGACCUGUAGAAGGUUAUGAAGGAUAUGAAGGAUGGGAAGAAGGUUAUGCUUAUGGAACCCCUGGCUAUAGAGGCAGAGGCGGGCAUCGAGGUCGAGGACGCGGAAUGUAUCGAGGAGUUUAUCAUGGUUCCGGGGAUUAUCGCGAAGAAGAGUGGAGGCGUGCACCAGCUGAUGCAGAAUAUGAAGGUCGUGUGCGACGUUCCGGUUCCCGGGAACCGGGCGUGGAUCGCUCGCGAUCACGUACGCCACGGCGUCGGUCGCCCGACAGUGACUCCGAUGGAUCCCCGCGGCGUAGUGGUGGAAUGUUAGCAUCAGCUCGUACUUUACCAGAAGUUGUACGCAAAGCCACUACAAUUUGGAAUGGUGCACUGAUCUUAAAGAAUUCCUUAUUCCCUACUAAGUUCCACUUGACUGAUGGUGAUUCUGAAAUAAUUGAUAGUCUGAUGAAAGAUGAAGAUGGCAAAAAUCAGCUAAGAAUUACACAAAGAUUACGUUUGGAUCAACCAAAACUAGAUGAUGUACAGAAACGCAUUGCAACCUCCAGUUCUCAUGCUAUAUUCUUGGGAGUGGCAGGGUCUACAGCUUCUGUAACAAAUGAAGAUGCAAGUAUUCAGACUAGACCUAUGAGGAAUUUGGUCUCUUACUUAAAACAGAAAGAAGCAGCAGGUGUGAUUUCCCUGCUUAACAAAGAGACAGAGGCAACAGGUGUGUUGUAUUCAUUCCCACCUUGUGAAUUCUCUACUGAACUUCUCAAGAGGACUUGUCACAACCUCACUGAGGAAAGUUUGAAGGAAGACCAUUUGGUAAUAGUGGUGGUGAGGGGUGGGUCAGCCUAGUAUGAACUUCUGAGCUCCCAAACUGGGCAGGUGGCAACCUGACCUAUGAGGUCAAUGGGAGAUCAGUAACAAUGGUGGUGAUGGGUGACACUAAUACCUAAUAUGAACUCUAAUAGAUUUACACUUAUUGAGUUUACAUAACUAGCAUAAGUACUUUUUAAAAAAACUUGUCUUCUAUGUUCAUAUUUAACAAUAUGUAUUAUACUUGUGAUGUGUAGUGAUGUGAGGUGUUUGUUAAUCAAAAUUUGUGAGUUUCACAUUACUUGUGCAAGUGCUGUGUUAGCCUUGUAGUGACAGCAAUAAUGUUGUUAUUGCUAAUAAAUGUAGAUAAACUAUAGUUUUGCUAGAAUUAGCAAAUAUUCAUUUUGAACAUUAAGUGUAUAUUAUUAUGGAAAAGUUAUAGUGUAUUCUUUAUUCAGUGUAUGUUAGGUGAUGUGUAGUGUAAGUGUGUGAACUUGCAAAUAGAAUAUUUCAUCUUAUGAUGUAGUUUUUUUAAACCUUGUGAGUUGUGCUCAGGCAAGUGCAGUUGUUGAAUUAGUGAUUGUAGUAUGUGAUAUUGAAAUGUGCCCUCAGUGAUAAACUGAUCACUUGAGUGAAAACCAUGGCUUGAAUGUCACUGUUCAGUAACCAAGUGAAAAUGCUUCAACCUUAUAUAAUUCAGUGAAGCCGCCUAGUGUUUGUGUUGUGGUCUAAAUAGACUAAACUAUGACAAUGAGUGUAGGUAGAUAUAGUGGUCCCUCAGAGAGCAGUUAUUCAGUGAUAUGUCUUAAAAUUGUGUUCAGGAAUAAUGUGAACAGUUAGGUAUGCAACAAUAAUUAUAAAUUGUUUGGUAAGUAUUUCCUGGGUAUGGACACAUUCCCUUUGCUUGAAACCUCCCUGCUAAAUGUGAUAUUAACUAGUUCUAGUCAUGCUAAUGUAGCCAUCAUAAAUACUUUCAUAAAGACAAAACCUUUAGGCACUAAGAGUGAGUGAUAGGUAAUUCAAUUACCAAAUUGUACCCAUUCUCAAUCAUGUCAUUUAGUAAUUUCACUAUUAUUUUGGUUUUAAAUCUUAAUUCUUAGUUAUUCACAUUACCAAGUCUUAAUUGAGUCAUUUUAUAGACAUUUUUUUAAAUGUAUGUUUAAGUGGAUCAUAAUUAUUUAGUUUCUCUAUAAUAGGUUUUUAAUUCAUCCCACAAUAACUUUUGUCAUCUGGUCAUUUAUUCAAUAGGUAGUCAUAUACUUUUAAGUAGGAUAUUCUCAAAAUAGUUUUGAUGUUCUGGUAACAAUGAAUUACUUUUAUCUCAUACAAUAAUUUUUUCGAGAUAAUAGAUAAUUGCUAUUAAUACUGAGUAAUUUCUGCCACCAACAAAACAAUAGUAAUUUGAAAUAACUUACUCAUAAUUAACAUACUUCAUAAAUAAUCCAAGAAUAAUAAAAUAUUUUUUAUUGAAAAAUGUUUGAACUGGUUGGAGAUAUAUUACACUUCCAUCAUAAACAUUGUGGUCCAUUUAAAUAUACUUGUGUGUCUCUAAUUACAUGAAUACAUACUUCUUAACUACAUUUUAGAUCCCUCAUUAUACUUAUUCACAUAUUUCCAUAAGCUUCUUAGAAAGAGUAAGAUAAGACAAGACCAAAAAAACAAUAUUAACUCUCUGUCUGGUACUUGGCCUGGACCUGGCCAAGCCUAUUGCUUGCAUCCCACUCCAGGAGACUCAAUUUUGGUAAGUGUGCAUCGCUUAAAGGUGUAAUGUAAUGUUUAAAAACUCAUUUAAACUAAUAUAUAAAAUACAGUUUUUCAUAGUGGAAUAUAUUGAUUUAUUUAUACCAUAGGUAUCUGUAAUGUUGAACCUUGUCUUGUCUCGCUUAUCUGAACACAAGCAGUGAAAUUCCACAUACAUUUUAAUUGGUAGGUAUAAUAUAGGUAAGUAAAUAUGAGCUAUGUGGCACACAACUAUUUGGAGCCUGGAAGCAAGACAGGUACUAUUUUCAUUUACUGAGUAAGUAUUUUAUUGUGAGGACGGUAAGCAAAAUACGAAUACUUAGAUUUUUAUCAAGCGAUUUAAUGGAUGCUUUAUUCUUUUCAAUACAUAAUUUAAAUAUUUAAUU